AUGGCUUUCUUGGACAUCUUCUUCUUUCUCUUCUCUGUAUUUCCCCUGAUUCUUGCAAGAGAGUCUUGCCCAGUUUCCAGGUGUGGCAGCAAUGGCUGCACAAUUGGAUUCCCUUUCCACCUAGUAGGCCAGCAACACCAAAACUGUGGUUAUCCCGGGUUCAAUCUAAGCUGCGGGAGUCCAGAUAUAACAGUUCUGAGACUUCCUUAUUGGGGAGAAUUCUUCGUUCGUGGCAUCAAUUAUAUCACACAAGAGAUACAACUCUAUGACCCGGACAAUUGCCUUCCUAAACGACUUCUAGCCUUCGAUAUUACGGGUUCUCCUUUCAUGGCUGAGUACUACCUGAACUACACCUUCCUCAUCUGCCCCUCUGAGCUCACAAGGUUUCGGUUCACCGCCAUUGACUGCCUCAGCAAUUCCACAUCCUCGGUCUUAGCUACUUCUUCCAUGAGUCUUGUUAGUAAAAUGUCCUCAUGCCAGAUACUCACUACUCUAGCAGUUCCAGUUUCGUGGCAUGUUCAGAAUGACGAAGACUUCUCAUCAGACCUCAACUCAGAUCUUCAGUUAACAUGGGAUGUGCCCAGUUGCGGAGACUGCGAAGUUCAAGGCGGUUCAUGCGGGUUCCAGAACAGCUCCAGUCUAGAAGUCGGAUGUUUCUCUACGCCCGGAACAGUGUCUGACCGUUCUAGUAUCUUUCUGGUAACAAAACCUGAUCCUUCCCCUCCAUGUUAUGAAUCACCUGCAGCAGUGGAAAAGGUAACGAGGAGGGAGGUAAAGGUGGUGACGUCGGGUUUUCUUGAUUGUGCUCCUCCUCCUUUCAGGAACAAGGUCGUGUCCAAAUAUCCUCACAGAAGAGACAUUUGCACGGCUGGAGAAGACGACGACGGUAACAUUGACGUCGCAGAGAACAGAGAGCUGGCAAGGUUUCUUGAUCAAGCCAUUUCGCCUCUUGGAGAAGGUCACUUGGCGACUGCUCGUCUUCCAUUCGCAUCAUCCCGACCAUAA